GUCCAUGUGAGGCUGAGUACAGUUAUGGGGGAGAGGCUGACCUUCGCACCCACUACAACAUCUGUGAGAAGAAUCCAGGUCACAAGAGCUUUAUUCCUGUAGACAAAUUCAACAUGAAAAAUCUUCCCCAAGGUUUCUGCGACGAACAAAUGCUUAAUUAUAUCCGAGCUGUGUCAGAUCUGACAGUUCGUGUCACAGUAAAAUAUUUCAGUCGCAGAAGACCAGCGACUUUACCUGACAGUAACAAGCCGUAUCCAGGUUUCAGAGUCAGAGGCCAACGUAGAAUAACAGUAGGAACCGGAUGUGUGGAGAGUGUGCGUGUUUACGAUGCCAGCACUGGAUACACAUGUAAAUGUAAGGAUUGUCAAAACUCUGGUACGCCAAAGAGAAACUUUGCUAUAAUUUCCAUAAAAACAGCAUCCCAUGUUGUCUUUGACCAAAGUGAGGCAGAAGAGACCACAUGUCACCUGUUCUUUGAUAGCGGAGACACACCAGACACCUGCAGCGGUGUCGUCGCGCUCACUGGUAUGUCCUGUAGGUUAAGUGUCGUCAAGGAAGACCUAUGCCACAUGGAUCACUACACUCAUGACUUAGAUCUGGCUCAUAGAUUACGCAAGAUAUUCCUUCGAAGAUGUCAUCUGCGAUAUGAACUGUAUGAUGUUAUGCCUCGUUUAGGGCAAUGUAAUUGGGCAGAGAAUAUCCCAGGCAUGUGGCCAAUGGCGUUUGUAGUGUCCCACCCGCAUGGCUCUAGCAAAAAGAUCACUCUUGGUUGUUGGAAGAGUGCAUACGAGUCCGAACAUGACGAGAUGGCUAGUUGCUACAUAUACACAACAGACACUUGUCCUGGUUCAAGCGGAGCUGAAGUCUGUCUGCUGGGGAGUUAUGCGGAGCAGGGAUUGAGUACUAUUCCAGCCAGUCAUCAUGGCUCAUUCCCUUCGAUGGCAGAAAUGAAUCGUUGUUUUUCUACUCCAG